UCUGCCGCCGGCGCGUAGGGCCGGGCACCGCAGGCUCUGCGCCAGGACGCGCCGCGCCAGACUCUGCCACCACAGACAGCAGGAAGAAGCUGAGUCCUGAUGGCUGAGAUGUUUGAGGACCCCGAUCAUCAGAGCAAAGAUCUCUGAAGACACUUUCCUGAAACAAUCGGGAAGUUUCAUGAGGCACAAGAUACAGUAUUUCUUCUGAAGACCACAAAGAAGCCACCAUUUAAGAAGCCCACAGGGUGGCCCUUGACAUUUGCAGUGGUGAGAGAGACCCUUCUGGAUUGCUGGGAAAUGCGGGUCCUCGGGAGUCAUACUGCGCACCAGCUCCCAGCUGUGCUGCUGGUCCCUGUGCAGGGGCUCUGAGGGGUGCCCUGCUGCCCGGCCUCCCCUGCCCAGGAGUGUUUGCUGCCCAAGCCCUCCAGCUGUGACCCUGACCAUGAGGAUGCAGCUCCUAGCGCUCGCCGUGGUGCUGGGGACAGCAGUGGCCUUUGCACCUGUGCCUAGGAUCACCUGGGGACACAGAGAGGUGCAGUUGGUGCAGUUCCAUGAGCCAGGCAUUUUCAACUACUCAGCCCUGCUGCUCAGCGAGGACAGGGACACAUUGUAUGUGGGUGCCCGGGAAGCUGUGUUUGCUGUGAGCGCCCUGAACAUCUCCAAGAAGCAGCAUGAGGCAUACUGGAAGGUCUCAGAAGAUAAACAAGCAAGAUGUGCAGAGAAGGGAAAGUCCAAACAGACAGAAUGCCUCAACUACAUCCGAGUGCUGCAGCCGCUCAGCGCCAACGCCCUCUAUGUGUGUGGGACCAACGCUUUCCAGCCCACCUGUGACCACCUGAACUUAACAUCCUUUACAUUUCUGGGGAGAAAUGAAGAUGGCAAAGGCAGGUGUCCCUUUGACCCGGCUCAGAGUUACACGUCGGUCAUGGUUGAUGGCGAUCUUUAUUCUGGGACAUCGUAUAACUUUCUGGGAAGCGAACCCAUCAUCUCCCGACAUUCUUCACACAGUCCCCUGAGAACAGAAUAUGCGAUACCUUGGCUUAAUGAGCCCAGCUUCGUCUUUGCUGACGUGAUCCGGGAGAGCCCAGAGAGUGCCGAUGGCGGGGAUGACAGGGUCUACUUCUUCUUCACUGAGGUGUCUGUAGAGUAUGAGUUUGUCUUCAAACUGCUGAUCCCGAGAGUAGCGAGGGUGUGCAAGGGGGACCAGGGCGGCCUGAGGACCUUGCAGAAGAAGUGGACAUCGUUCCUGAAGGCCAGGCUGAUAUGCGCCAGACCGGACAGCAGCCUGGUCUUCAACAUACUGCGGGACGUCUUCAUCCUCAAGUCUCCGGAACUGAAGGAACCCGUGUUCUACGGGGUCUUCACCCCACAGCUGAACAACGUGGGGCUGUCGGCGGUGUGUGCCUACAACCUGUCCACGGUGGAGGCGGUCUUCUCCCGCGGGAAGUACAUGCAGAGCGCCACGGUGGAGCAGUCCCACACCAAGUGGGUGCGCUACAACGGGCCCGUGCCCACACCGAGGCCCGGGGCGUGCAUCAACCAUGCGGCACGUGCAGCCAACUUCUCCAGCUCUCUGAACCUCCCAGACAAGACCCUGCAGUUUGUCAAAGACCACCCUCUGAUGGAUGACUCCGUGACCCCUGCAGAUAACAAGCCCCGGCUCAUCAAGAGUGAUGUGAACUACACUCAGAUCGUGGUGGACAGGACCAAGGCCCUGGAUGGGACUCACUACGAUGUCAUGUUUCUCAGCACAGACCAGGGUGCCCUGCACAAGGCCGUCAGCCUGGGCAGUGACGUCCACAUCAUUGAAGAGACACAGCUCUUCCAGGACUUAGAGCCCAUCCAGACCCUGCUGCUCUCCUCCAAGAAGGGCAGAAGUUUCAUCUACGCCGGCUCCAAUUCAGGCGUGGUCCAGGCCCCAGUGGCCUUCUGUGGAAAGCAUGGGACCUGCCAGGACUGCGUGCUGGCCCGGGACCCCUACUGCGCCUGGAGCCCCGCCACAGCCUCCUGCGUCACCCUGCAUGAAAUUGACAGCCCCACCAGGGAGUCUUUCGUCCAGGAAAUGAGCGGGGAUGUGUCCGCCUGCCCCGAUAAAGUUAAAGAGCCGUACCGGCAGCAUUUUUUCAAGCACGGUGGCACGGCAGAACUCAAAUGCUCCCAAAAGUCCAACCUGGCGCGGGUGGUGUGGAAGUUCCAGAAUGGUGUGCUCACUUUCGAAAGCCCCAAGUACAGCCUGGUGGGAAGGAAGAACUUGCUCAUCUUCAACCUGUCGGAGGGGGACAGUGGGGUGUACCAAUGCCUGUCAGAGGAGAAGGUCAGGAACAAGACGGUCUUGCAGCUGGUGGCCAAGCACGUUCUGGAGGUCAAGGUGGUCUCGAGGACCCCAACGCUGUCCACCUCACCGGCCAUCCAGACCGAAAGCAGUAGGCUCAUCCCCAGAGAGUCAGCGGGGCCCACCCAGGGCUCCCAUCCCCAGACCCCGGCUGUGCGGGACCCUUCACCCGGUGCCGCCGCCCUACCCUCCAGCCCCACACCCACCAGCACGUCCUGUGAGCCCCAGAUUGUCAUCAACACGGUCCCCCAGUUGCACUCGGAGAAGACGCUGUAUCUCAAGUCCAGUGACAACCGCCUCCUCAUGCUGCUCUUUCUUUUCUUCUUCCUCCUCUGCCUGUGCCUCUUCUCCUACAACUGCUACAAGGGCUACCUGCCGGCACAGUGCUUAAAAUUCCGCUCUGCCGUGCUGCUGGGCAAGAAGAAGCCCACGUCCGACUUCUCGGACUGCGAGCAGAGCGUGAAGGAGACCCUGGUGGAGCAGGGCAGCUUCUCACAGCAGAAUGGAGGGCAGCCCAAGCCGGCCCUGGACACUGGCUACGAGACAGAACAGGACACCAUGGCCAGCAGAGUGCCCACCGACAGGGAGGACUCGCAGAGACUUGACGACCUGCCGGUCAAGGACAGGCCAUUCGAUGUCAAGUGUGAGCUGAAGUUUGCCGACUCCGACGCGGACGGGGACUGAGUGCCCCGCCCACGGAUAGGUCUUUGUGUUCGCAGUCCCGUGACCUCGUCCAGUGCUGUGUAGGGUAGCCUGUGUCAGCAAACCUCAGUCUUCUGUGUCUCUUCUCUUGGGUCGAGCUUGUGACUUGGUAUCUCUGUCUUUUUGGAAAAAUGGCGAGAACACCCCCGGCCCCCUGGCUGUUUGGAGCGCUGUCCGAGGUCCUGCAGGCAGUGGUGCUGGCUGAGUGACCUGUGCGGUGGAGGGGCUGGCUGGACUGCUGUUGGCCUGGGAAGACUCAUGCUCCAACCCCCUUCCUCCCCAUAGCAGCCACUGAAAGAUAAUUUAAUUCCAGAUUGGAAAUGACGUUUUAGUUUAUCAGAUUGGUAACUUAUCUCCUGUUGUCCAGAUGGGCACAAACCUUUUUUUCUUUCACGUGAUUGUUUUAGGAUUUGGCUAUAAUUGUGUUGGUCUGUCUGUUAGGUCAUUGUUUUUUUUUUUUUUUUUUUUUAAAUUACUGAAGCAGAUGGUUUAAUAUUUAGAAGAUGGACUUUAUUCUGGGUUUUGUUUCUAUUAGGAUAAGAUAUGAUUUACGUUGCUUCAGAUUCUCAGGGAUAAACUUAUUUUUGCUAAAUGCGUUCUUUCUGCUUAUAGAAAUGUAGACAACACCAUCUCUUGACCAUACUUAAUUUUUUUUUAGUUUCAUUCCUUGAGGGAAACUUCAUUUUCAGAGAGAUUUUCUUUCUGUACUUCUUCUAUGUUGGUUUUGACUCUUUAGAAGAGGAGAAGGCAGUGGGGGACUGUCCAUUUGCACCAGGUGGGGCAGAGCAAGGGAGAAAGCCUGGCCAGCUUGCUGGAGCCAGGCUGAGCCAGUAUCUGGGAACAAGCAGCUCACAAGUCUGACGUCCCGGCCAGAAAUCCUCCCAUGCUGACAGCCAAGAUGUCACCCAGAGGAUCCUGGUCCUCCAACCUCACCUUGCUCUUAUGGCUUCCACCGCACACCACUGCCUGCCCAGACUUCCCACUUGGGCUGCCUUUGCUGUCCAUAGCUGGAAAACAACUAGCCAGAGCUGCAGCUCAAGCCUGUGCCCACAGCACCUGCAGAGGCCACACUGCUGACCUGCUCCCCAGCACCUGCUCCAGAGCUGCACACGGGGCUUUCCCAGGACCCACUUCGACCUCUCGCUUUCCUAAUUCCCAGAAGAGGAGCCUUUUUGUCUGUGGCAAGGAGCAAUAAACUGGAAUUUUGUGUGCCCGUCUGGACAGUCUCAUCUUCCAGCAUGAUAGGAUUCAACCGUUUAGGUGUAAACAUUUGUGUUUUAUAAGAUUUACUUUGUUUUUAUUUUUCUACUUGGAAUUGUAUACAUUUGGAAAGUAAAUGAAUAAAUGAGACACUUAUAUCCUUGACGUGGCAUGUGAUUUGCUGAGGCAUUGGACGUUGCUCCCACAGGGUAUUCCUGGUGGGGCUGGAGUGUUACAGGCAGGACUGGGCCGCAGUAGAGGUGGAGCCGGGACAGCCGG